AUGCAGGGAGCCUUACCUGUGGAAGAAAAUCUUGUCACUCGAAGAAUAAUCCCGCACUCGAGGUGUUCUAGAUGCGGAGAACCUGAAACUGCAAUUCACUUACUAUACCAAUGCAAUUUCGCUCAAGAUGUGUGGAAGCUGGCACCAUACAAAGAAACAAUUGAUCCAAUCUGCUUCCCCGAUAUCAAAUCAGGCUUCAAAGUACUCAAAACAACGAUUUGCCUACCUCCAUUAGGAAUUGCCAAUAGUCCUAUAUUUCCAUGGAUUUUCUGGAAUAUAUGGACAACCCGGAACAACAGGAUCUUCAAUGGGAGAAACUUCUCUGCAGAAAAAACAACCAUAAACUCAAUCAAAAGAGAAAGAGAAUGGCAAUGGGCACAAUCCGCUAAGCAAGCGAUAUUACCUUCACAACGACGCAAUUGGAAACUAGAUUUCCCUGGUGAAUCCGUCAUAUGCUACACAGAUGGAGCAUGGAGAGAUGACACAUCAACAGCAGAACUUGAUACCUCUGGGCAUCAAGAGUUGAAGCACAAAGGAUGGCAGAUUUUAAUUGUAGAUUGCGAUGGUGAUCAACCUUCGGACGAUCACGAAUUGGUAGGACCAUUAGAAUGUGUUUCAAUUUUGCAGGAUUCCGCUGAUUUGGACCAAGAAGAAGAUCGCGUCAAAAUCGUAGCAGAAGAAAAGCUUAAUUUCCCUCUCAGGCAAAACCUCGAACACUUGGAGGGCAAGAACUCGGAAAAGCUAACCACGAAGCUUCUUGGGACAGAGACUGAGAAUCAUAUUGCUCUUCAUGAGGAUAAGGAAUACAAUCCUACUCCAGUCAAGGAACUGAGGCCAGAACGAGAAUCACAUCAGAUUGAAGCGUCUCUAUACUCUCAGGUGAUAGGUCGUUGUGAACAAGCUAACCAUGUGUGGAAACCUGGUGGAGUAUUGUAUGAAUAUAACAAGUGGAAUAUGAUUAGAGAGCUCGACAUGUUGGAUAUGCGUUCUUUUGUUGACAUAAAAACGUGGCUGGAAUUAUACUCUUGUGAGUUUAAGAUUCACAUGUUGCUAUUCAGUUCUCAGGGUUUAGAACUUUCGUUCGUAGAACUUACUGUUGCAGAAGCUGUCAAGGAAUCAAUGGAUAAAUCACCAACCAAAGCUACAGACACUACUCUGAUUUUUGAGAAUGUUUUGGAUUAUGCAGUGAACUUUCCAAGUGAUAUCUCAUUGGUUGAAGAUUCUUUGAAUGCAAAUUCAACGGUGGAACAUGUAACAUUGCUAAGCACUAGAAAGAAGAAGCAGAAGUGGCCGAAGUCUUGGAGAUUCAGGUUUAAAGAUGAACAGCCUCUUGUCCCCGAGAACAACCGAUCUAAUUCGGAAUUUGUGCAUCCAUGGAAAGAGAUGAAGGUACCAUCAACCAUUUAUCUCUUUAUAAAUGUGACCAUGCUUGAGAAAGACUUUGAAGUUAAUCAAUAUGAGAAAAAGAAGCUUUAUAUUCUGGUUUAUCUUGGACAAUUUAGGCAGAACCCGGCUUGCGAUGUUGCCUCUACAAGCUUAAUCCUACCUGAAGUUGGUUAUCUCAGUUCUGGAACAUUUUCACUUGGUGAAGUUGUUAAGAUAUGGAGGAUUUUAAACGCUAGAUAUGCUCGUAGAAAAGGAAAGAUGUGGUUAGAAUAUAUUAAGCAGAAUCUAGGGGUUAAGGAUUCUUCAUGGUUAAAGAAGAUUUUCAGCUCAAGAGAACCAGUUUACAACGGUUGUGUUCUGCUGGAAAUGAUUUUUGCGGGAUGUCAAGAACAUGGUGAGGAGCUGCUAAUUGAUGGCCAGAAGAUGCAGACAAGUCAUGAAUCGUUUUUUAUUUGUUACUCUUACAAAAAUCCGAGUUUGGCCUCAAAACAUCUGGAUACUUGUGCUACUAUACCUAAGACGACAGCUAAAAUGCAAGGCACAAACCAGUCUCAUGUUGGCAGGGACAUUCUUAUAGGAACUAAGGUUGUCAACCUCAUAAUAGAGCAUUUCAAGGAUCCUUUAACUUCAGUCCUCACUUAUGAAAUAUUCCAGUCUCCAAGGCCACCGGAAGUUAAAGCUUCAAGGAAGAGUAAGCUUGGCAAGAAUUGGUGGUUUAAGUACAAGCUACUAUGGAGUAGAAAGAUGUCUUUGAGAGUGAAUGAGGAGAACUCAUGGUUAUUUAUAAGGAUCAUUCUCAAAGAUGAGAGGCUGUUAUGGGAACAUCGUUGGUUGGUCCCUACAUUUGAUCUACUCGAUGGCUUAAAUGUCACUGUGGUUGAUGCAAUUAUUACGCAGUCACGCCUACGCCCUCUUGGUCAAGUCAAGCUCUCUGUUUUGACUGAAUUCCAACGAAUGGAGAAGUUAUCUCUACUGCUUAUACUUGCAAAUCACAUUCUGGUGAUAUUGUCUUUCGAUGGAGAUGUCAUGGAGUUCAGAGGUGUUGCUUUCCACAUCACGUCACUUGGUUAUCUCUAUGAACCCACCCUUGAUAAAUCUGUUACCAAAGCCUUUGUUCAUUGGAAAGAGCAUCCUCCAGAUGAAGAUUUUACGAAGAAGAGUCAUCGCCACCUUUCCCGUUACACUAUCCACAAGGAGAUCAUAAUACAGGGAUCAAAAGCGAUGAAUUUUGUGAAUUCAGCCUUAACGACAGAGGCUCUAGCCAUUCGAUUGGCCCUCACUCAAGCGAUCGAUCUAGGCUUCACGAAGCUUAGUAUCGCCUCAGAUUCGCACCAAAUCGUCCAAGCUAUUACAACUGGACCACAUCUAUCAGAAAUCUAUGGGAAUCUUCAUGAUAUCUCCAAGUUUUCUGCUCAAUUUAUCGAUGUCUCUUUCAAUUUCAUUCCAAGAGAAGCCAAUUUGUUGGACCAUGUCCUCCUAUACCCUUAUAGCAUAGAUGCUAUUCAGAUAUAA